AUGCAACGAGCACCGCGUAUAUGUGAAAUUAAAAUGAAACCAGAAGAUACUAGUUUUGGAUUCGCGGUUGCUAAUGGCAACGGUGGUUCUGGACUCUACAUCCAAGACGUGGUACCAAAUAGUCAGGCAUACCUAGCCGGUUUAAGAAAAAAUGAUCGUAUUCUUGAAGUUGACGGCAAAAAAGUCGAAGAUGACGAGUCGUUAUCGAUCAUAGCUAAGAUUGGUAAAGCGAAAUCAAAAAGAGCAGUCAAGUUAUUUGUUGCUGAUACACAUACGUAUAAACAUUAUAAAACGAAUAAUCAAAAAUUUAACCCGCGUAGUGCAGCUCCUUCGAUCACAAAUCAAUCGAGGAGUAGAGCCAGUAGUAGAGGUCCAAGUAUACAAAUGGAGACAAAUGGAGACGCACCACGAUACAUAUCUGAACCACAACCAUCACCAGAGCAUGAUGACGAUAUUCGAUUAUGCACAAUAAAUCGUUUAAAUGAAAGUGAUUCAUUUGGAAUUGAAUUAAUUUAUCAUAAACAUGAACACUAUCAUUCGUUAAUGUUAGUGGGUCAUCAAUCACUAGCACAACGUGCCGGUAUUAAAAAUCAUGACCGACUCAUUGAAAUUAACGGUCAGAAUGUUGAACAAUUUGAACAUGGACACGUGACAGAGAAAAUUUUACAAAUACGCAAGCCAGAUCCCUUAAAUAACCGUCUACAACCAUUAGAAUUACUUGUUUGUGACGAGCCAACAUAUCGUUAUUAUAAACAAAAUAAUUUGACAAUUCAUCGUUAUUUACGCACUGUACGAAGAAUAACGUCACAAUCACAACCACCUUCGUUAAGCGGUAGAGCGAGUUUCAUUGAAUCAACGAGAGAAACGCGCUUAGCAAGCGUACGUAGUAAUGAUAGUGAUACUUCGAGUUCAACACGCCCAUCAAUAGUACAACAACAACCCUCUACGAUAGAAGCAAUCGUUCGCCCGCCUCCUCUAUCAAUUAUUGAUAAUUAUCCAACGCAUCCACCACAAGAACAUUUUUCAGCGCGCUCACCAAUAGUAAACCAUCCACCCUCUACGAUAGAAGCAAUCAUUCGCCCGCCUCCUCUAUCAAUUAUUGAUAAUUAUCCAACGCAUCCAUCACAACAACAUUCUUCGUUACAACCACGCACUCUCGAAAUACGUAAAGAUAGUCGUUUAGGAGACGGGUUUGGAUUUACGUUUCAAACAUGUCGGAGUGAAACACCGUAUCGACCCUUUAACCACAUCAUCACAAGUGUUGAUAAAGCUGCGCCAAGAUCAAAAGAUUUGAACAUAAACGACUAUAUACUGUCUAUUAAUAAUGAUGAUGUUGAAACUUUAACACAUGAGCAAUUACAAGAUAAAUUGAAACAAAUGCCGAACAAUAAAGAUGUUGCUUUCUUAGUAGCAGAGAAAGAUGCCCAUCGUAUUCAUACACAACAAUUAUUAAAUUCAUUAGCGCAAAAACAAUCGAAUACCCAACAGAUUUCUGACAAUAACGUGAGAACAUAUCAAUUACAAAAAAGUCCGAACGGAUAUGGUUUUCGAGUAACAUAUCAAUCUAACGAUUUGAAUAGUUUUACACCACCUCAGAUUAAUUAUGUCGCACCGAAUUCGCCAGCCUCAGCGCAAGGUUUACGUACAGGAGAUUAUAUAUUACGCGUUAAUAAUCGAGGUGUUGAACAUUCAAAUCAAAAAGAAUUCAAAGAACUGAUGGAAAAUGAAAAAACAUAUCGUACUAUUCAUCGCACAUCGCCAAUCUCCAACAAUACGCAAAAUACAGGUUCACGCUACACUAUUCCAGAACCGAAUAGAGACCGUAAUGAUAGGUACAGUAGCCAUUUGAUUUUACCACAAGUAGUUCCCGAUCAUCAACGUUCGUCACCAACUCCUACUCCUACUAUACACGGUAGUAAUAGGCCUUUAAGUCGAGCUGCCGUGGAUGUUAUUGAUGGAAAAUUGAUGUUACGUUUUUGUCGUUUGAAUACAAUUCCUGGAACACAUUUUGGAUUUGAAUUACAAUCAGAUGAAAAUAAAAGACACGUAAUAAAAGAUGUGAAACAUGAUUCACCUGCAGCUAAAGCCGGAGUACAUAACGAGGAUCGUGUAGUAGAAGUGAACAAUGAAAAUGUUGUUAACAAAUCUCAUAAAGAUGUGGAAACACUGAUUAAAAAUGCCAGUAACGAUGGUCUAUUACGUUUAUUAAUUGAACCCUCCAAUGUGAAGGCUGUGAGCGGAACAAAAGCCAAAACAAAAUCAUUAACAUCAUUAAUUGAUCCAGCUAUUUAUCAUAAUAAAGGUUCAGAAUUAUUUGUUGGUCAAAAUACUCCAUACACAAAUAAUUCUUCUAGACCGCACUACAAUCCCUAUAUAUCUCAAAAAAACCAAGAGUCAACAAUGGUCAGACAUAUGUCAACAUCGGGUAUAGAUAACGUCGGCUCGUUUGAUCAAGAUUAUUUUCCGUAUAAUGUAAAUGAUUUUAACCAACCGCCUCAUUAUAGUACAGGUUCAACGUCUGCUAUUAAUCCAUAUAUAUCGCAACAAAAUAUACCAUUAGAUCCGUUGCCUCGACAAUGUUUAAUUAUACGAGAUCCCAAAUUUCGAGGCUGCGGAUUUAAAUUAUUAGAAUCUGACAAUUACGAUACACCAAUUAUCACUGAAGUAAAACAAAAUAGUCCGGCGAGACGUUCAGGGUUAGCCGAAGGAGAUCAUCUGAUUUAUAUUGAUGAGAGAAAUGUACAAGUAAUAAAAUUAUUUAAUGAAAUGAUACAGUUGAUACAGCAAAGAUUCGAAGAGCGAGGAGAAAUAACACUGGUAACGUUGACGCCGGCCGCUUAUAAUACAUUGAAGAGAGAAGGUGGCUAUUUAAAAACCGAUCAAUUUAAUUAUCUAUAUCCUAACGACGAAUUAAAAGAAAUAUUUCCACCACGUCUAUGUAAAAUCCAAUUAUUAGAUCACGAACGAGAUUUUGGUUUUACACUUCAGAAGGCAAAUCCAAUUAAUAUUAAAGAUGUCACAAAGGGAUCAGCUUCAUACGAAUAUGGUUUGCGACCAGAUGAUAAAAUAUUGGAAAUAAAUGAACGUGAUACAACAACAUUAACACCAGAGCAAAUUGUCGAGAUGAUUGAUAGUGGUAAACGAAAACGUAAUAUAAAUUUACUCGUUAUAAGUAAUUCUGGUUAUAACUGGUGUCAAAUGCAUGCAGUACCAUUAAAUUCAUCAUUGCCAUUUGUGAAAAUAGUCGACAGACACGUCACAAAUAUUGAAACAUAUACCAGAAGAGAAGUUGUUGUUACAUUUACUCUUUUUCUCUCUCAAGAAUAUGUUCAAGAGUAUAGUGAACCCUAUCGCAACAUAGAUAUUAUUAAUUCAAAUACAGUUGAUUCAUCAUUUUUUGCUGAAAUUAAUCAUUUUAAAGCAAGGUUAAACGCAUUGGAAAAAGAACGAUAUGAACUUGAAGAAAAAGUUAAAAGACUACAGGAUGAAAAUGAAACAUAUAAAACAAAAUUAACAUUAAAAGAAAAAGAAUACAAUUCUAAAUCAACAUCGGCUCUCAAUAAUGGACAUUCAACACCACAAUCCAUAAUUGCUCAAUUUAUUAUCCCUAUGUUAUCAAGCCGUUAUCUUCCUAUGGAAUCUCAAAAGACGUCCAGUUUUCCACCACCAAGAUCCAAAACUCGCUCUCAUACUGGACAUGAUGGAUUAGCUAGUGCACCCUAUCAUAAUCCAUUAACAAAAUUAAGACUUGACGUACUUCAUCGAGCUAGUAGUGCUGAGCCAAUGAUUACAAGAGAAAUUAGUACUCCAGUGCGUGAUAAACAACGAACAUCCACGAGAACAUUACCAUCCAAUGAUAGAGCUCAUUCGUGUAGGUUUGAUCAGAGUGGAUACAUUUCCGAUGGACCAAGUCAUAAAUAUUCAUUAUACAAAAAAUCAUCAGCAACAAAUUUAGAUAAAAAUAAAUCAUCGAGUGCUAAAGGAUUAAAAAGUAUUUUUGGAAAAAUUAUUCGAACAAACUCAGGUAGUUUUCGUGAUGAUAAUUCCGAUCAUAGUCCUUUUCAACGAGGUGGACUACGAGCAACGACAGGUGGAAGAACAACGUUUAAACCACUCAAUGCUCUUGAAACAACAUUUUCUCGAUGGUCUACUGAACAAGUUAUCAAUUGGCUGUAUGGAAUUGGUCUUGGACAAUAUACAAGUGAAUGUCGAAAAUAUGUUAAAAAUGGACUUCAAUUGUUGCAAGCAACACCUCAAGAGCUUGAAAAAGAUAUUGGCAUGAGAAAUCCGUUACAUCGAAAAAAGCUUCAGUUAUGUUUAAAUGGUUUAUGCGCUCGUAAAAUGGAAGGAGAACAUAUUAAUUUGCUUGAUACACACUGGGUUCAAAAAUGGCUCGAUGAUAUAGGUCUACCUCAAUAUAAAGAUUAUUUUGCCGAAUCAAAAGUUGAUGGAAGACUAUUACAUAAUUUAACGCUUGAAGAUUUAAUGUACUUAAAUAUAACAAAUGAACUGCAUCAUCUCAGUAUUAAACGUGCUAUUCAAGUACUAAGAUUAAACGGUUUUAAUCCAACUUGUUUAAAACGGCGUCCAGCGAAUGAUGAUAAAAAUGAUAUGACAGAAGUUAUGCAUUGGACAAAUCAUCGCGUUAUGGAAUGGCUAAGAUCAAUAGAUCUUUCGGAAUAUGCACCAAAUUUACGUGGCUCAGGUAUUCAUGGUGGAUUAAUCGUUUUAGAAUCACGUUUUAAUUCAACAAUAUUAGCUGAAAUUUUAUCUAUACCAUUAUCAAAAACAUUAUUAAGACGACAUUUAAAUAUGAGAUUUACAGAAUUAAUUGGUGCCGAAAUACAACAUCGAAAAUACGAAUAUGAAAAAUCGACUAGUUUUCAACCACUUACAUCACAUACAAAAAUAAAGUUUUCAAGAGGUUUAUUUUCUCAUCGACGAACAAAAUCUGUUGAAUCCGAAGAUUUAGUCUGUCCUAUUAAUGAAAAUGGAAUAUCACCAAGUUUAAAACUUGUUUUGGCACAUGAUAGUCCCACAACUGUUGUCUGA